AUGUGGGCGGCCGCCAAAGACUAUUGGCUGCCGCCAGACCCCUCGGACCUCGCAGCAGCGGCGGCCGCCGUCGCGGGCGACGCCGCGGGGGACGACGAGGAUGAUGAUUCCGGUGCGCCCGGCCUGGGGGGCAGGCCGGCGGGCGGGCCAAGCGUAAUCAACGGGCUGGCGCUCCCGAACGCCGCGGCCGGCCCGCAGCAGCAGCAGCAGCAGCAGCAGGGGCAGGCACCCCUCGCGGCGCUCGUCGCCCGCGUCCGCGCCGGCGGCGUGCGGCUGACGCGCGGGCAGGUGGAAGCCGCCAGGAAGCUGCUCGAGCUGCGGGAGGCGGCGGCGCGGCGGCGGGAGGCGUUUGUGUCUGCGCUGUGGGGGCUGUCUGCGAUUGGGGGGUCGUGGCUGUUCCAGGAGGAGGUGGAGGCGCUGCUGCAGGUCGCCGCCCCCUCGCUGCCGGCGUGGCGCCUGACCGGCCGCGAGGCCGCCGACGCGCUGUGGGCGCUCGCAAACGCGCGCCACUGGACGCCGCUGCUGCCGCGGCUGGAGGCGGCGGUGGUGCGGGCGGGCGGCGCUAGGGCGCUGCGGGCGGGGCAGGUGUCUGCUGUGAUGUGGUCAUUUGCCACCCUGGGCCACACCCCCUCUGACCUCCUGCGGGGCCUGGCGCAGGGCUGGGGCUCCGGACGAUCAGGCGGCCUGCGGUCGCUGCAGGCCGGGCAGCUGUCUGCUGUGGUGUGGUCCCUUGCAGUCAUGGGCCAGGCCGGGUCCGACGCCUUCAGGCUGGCCUGGGGCGAGGUCUGCCGCCGCGGCCCCGCGCUGGCCGCGCAGCGGCACCACCUAGUGCAGAUCUGGCAGGCCGCCCUCGAGGCGCGGCUGCAGCAGGAGGACGGCGGCGGCGCGGGCGGCAGCGACGACGGCAGCAGCAAAGGGCUGCUGGAGACGGGUGUUGGCAGCGGCGGCGGCGGCGGUGGGAGCGGGGCGGCGGCUUUGCUGGCGGCGGCCGAGGCGGCGUUUGUGUCGGAGGGGGCGGCGCUGCGGGGGAAGGUGCACAGCAGCUACCAGCGGGGCAUCGCCAACGCGCUGACGGGGAUGCGGGUCAUGCACGUCCUGGAGGACUCCUCCACGGGAUACUCUGUCGACGUGGCCAUCCCCUCCCUGCGGGUCGCCAUUGAGGCGGACGGGCCAUCCCACGUAUCGCGCACCAAGCGCAAGCCGCAACCCCAAGCCGGCGCCCGCGGCGCCAGCGCCGGCGCCGCGGUGCCGCUGGGCGCGACGCUGAUGAAGGCGCGGCACCUGCGGCGGCUGGGGUGGCGCGUGGUGAACGUGACCUUUGAGGAGUGGGACGCGCUGGGGUCGGCGGCAGCAAAAGAGGCGUUUUUGAGGGAUAGGAUCGGGCGCGCGGUCGGCGGGGACGGGUGA